AUGAUUGCCGCUGCCUCUGUCUUGUCGCACUGCCAGAGACAGCAAAUCUGGCAGGGGAACAGGCGGCGAAGACGAUGCGCCAUACCACCACCAAACCCCAGUUCAAAGCGAGACGUUCUGGGACGACUACAGCAGAACAAGCCACGCCAACUGGUCAAAUCUGGAAAUAUUGGGCUAGCUUGCACCAAUGUCCGCCCCCUGAUAGUCAUCGAGGCUUGUUGCUCCGGCACGUGGGCCAUGAUAGCCCCUGAGCUAGGUGCCCAGCGAGACAUGCUUGUCGAAACAGCAGCAACCAUCUGCCAGCAGGCCUGGACCUAUACCUUGGACUCCGGUCGAAACCGGUGCUCCCUAUUCGGAGCGGCGUUUGUGGAGGAGCUUAUCACCCACCCCGAGGGGAAAAUCUUCCAGCAUCGCUGUCGGAUAGUCGACGAGAUGCUCAUAACCUCCACGCCGCUAGUGCCGUCUCUUCCGUCCCACAAUAUCUCGCACCUCAUUCUAACGCCAAAAAUUGUGACUGCGAUCCAGACUGUGGCUUCUGCUCAAGAUCGUCAUGAGGCAGUCCUACUAUCACGGGCCUCUUGGAGAAGACUUUGUCACAGGAAGAAUUCAGAACGAGAACCUGUAAAGGCGUUAGCAGAAGACAGCCCGGCGGGAGAUACCACCGGUGUUGACAAAACCACCUCGAAGACCUCAGGUCGCAGAAGAGCGCCUUCGAGUAUGGCACCCUUGCAAAUUCCUGACAAAUCGCUCCUGAAGGCGGUGGGCCUCCGGAUCUCCAAGACCAGGUCAUAG